GCGAUGGUGUUGGCCUGGUCAACACAAGCAAGUAGGACUGUAGGAGCAGGACACUCAGGAAAGGCAGCACCGGCGCACUUGCAUCACCGACUCCGACGCAACCUCGACACAGCCGGCGUCCUCCGGUCGGCCCCUCGCUACAGCACACAGCGCUGCGUCCGCAGUCACACUCUCCACCGCACAGUAGCAGUAGCAGCAGCAGCAGCUGCUGCACAGACGCUGUUCCGCAGUCUCGCCUCUGGCGCUCACCUCCUUUGUAUUCCUAUCUAGCGCCCUACAGACACACACGCACGCGCGACGGCACGAUGGCGGGCGGCGCGGCCAUGGACGUGCUCCACCGCUUCAGCAGCUGGGAGAGCUCGCACCUGCUCAUAGAGCGAGACACCGGCAAGCAGGUGCAGGAGCAGAACCCUCCCCUGGAGGCUCUGCGCAUGUGGUUCCUGUACCAGACGCUGCCGGGGCGGCUGCUGCUGGCGCUGCCGCCCACCUGGUGGGUGCUGGGCUGGCAGCACCGGCGGCUGGCGGCGUACGCCAACAGCCCGCGCAGCAAGAAGAGCAUCCCGGGCCUCAUCAAGGACUACGCCAUCGACGUGAGCACUGCGGAGAAGCCGCCCGACCAGUACGACACCCUGCAGGCCUUCUUCGCGCGCCGGCUCAAGCCCGAGCUCCGGCCCAUCGCCGAGCCCGACAACGACGCCAUCGCCGUCAUGCCUGCCGACUCGCGUGUGGUGGUGUUUGACAACGUGGGCGACGCGCACCGCUUCUGGAUCAAGGGCCGCGCCUUCAGCGUGCGGCGCCUGCUGGGGCUGCGCCACGACCAGUGCGCGCCCGAGUGGGCCGACUGCGCCAUCGCCAUCAACAGGCUGGCCCCUGUGGACUGCCACCGGCUGCACGCCGCCGUGAGCGGCCGCGUGCGCAGCAUCUCCAAACACGGCAACCGCUUCCUGGGCUCCGAGUGGGCGGCCACACACAGCUCCGUCAACCCCAUGACCGAGAACGAGCGGCUGGUGAUGGAGUUUGAGAGCGACGCCUUCGGGGCCGUGAUCCAGGUGAUGAUCGGCGCCAGCGAGGUGGGCAGCGUGACGCCACUGGUGUCGGAGGGGCAGGCGGUGCGCAAGGGCGACGAGGUGGCGGUGUUCGGGUACGGCGGCAGCAUUAUGGCCACACUGUUCAAGCGCGGCGCCAUCGCCUUCGACGCCGACCUGCACGACAACACACGCCGCGGCGGCGAGACCCGCGUCAACUACGGCAUGCGGCUGGGGGUGGCCACACGCCAGGCGCCCGCAGGAGGGGUGCCGGAGGCGGCAGUGCGCGGCGGUGGAGGAGGUGGAGGAGGCGGCGGCGGAGGAGGAGGAGGCGCGCGGCAGGACGGCGGCCGCACCCGCACAGUGGCGUGAUGAGCUUGCAUGCGGUGGUGGCGGUGGCGGUGGCGGUCGUGAGGGGGCGGAGUUGUCGUGCAGCGGUGGCGGUGCCGCGGUGACAUGAUGCAGUGGCAUGGGGAGUAAUAUGGGAAACAAGGUUGGGCAGCGGAACCGUAGCGUACAUUAACAACAUCAUGUGGGGUGUGUGCAUGUUGCAGUGGUUUGACUACCGUAAAGGCUGGGGGGCACAUACACAGCAGUGAUUGCUGUCAGGCAAGGGUUCAAUGCUGUAUCGAUCGACUGAGCCGCCGUACGUCGUGCGGAGGUUGUGUUGUAUUGCUGGCUGCUGUGCAUAGCUACCGUAAUCUGCAAGUUGUUGUCAGACUGGAUGCGCACUACGCAGGCGGGUGUCCACUGCCGAUUGCGCGCUCGCUAGCAACUGCGCGUGUGUGAGUGUGACACAUGUACGUGCGACGCUUGGA